AUGGCUCCGAGGGGAAAAGACCUUUCACUCGAGCAAAAGCAGAUGAUAAUCAAAUUGAAUGAGAGUGGUUUAAGUAGCCGGAAAAAUUCGGAAAUUAUCGGAAUAAGUCCAAAUUCCAUACAGAAGAUUGUUAGACGAAAUGCUGAAAGGAGUUCCAUGGAAAACAGAGAAAGACAGGGAAGAAAUCGACUGGUGGGCGAAAGAGGUGAUCGUGUCUUGUCUAGGUUGGUGAAGAAAAAUCGUCGACAGACUCUGUCAGAUUUAACUGAUAAAUUUUACGAAUCUGUACCACAGAAAGUGUUUUAUAGAACUGUAAGAAGGAGAUUAAAAGAACAGAAAUAUCAAAGAUGCUCCGUUUUAAAGAAAAUAACAAUCUCGAAACCAAAUCGUCAAAACCGUGUUUUGUGGUGUCGAUCCAAAUUAGGGUGGACAGUGGAGGAAAAUGGAGUCAGCCCUGGUGUGGUUAUAACAGAACUACAGAAACGUGGGGGAUUAAAUGAAGAAGCAUACGCAAAGUUUUUGGAGCGUGCUAAAGAGACGCAUGCGCUCGGUCGCCCAGGACAACCUGAAGAAGUUGCCAGAGCAAUAGCCUUCCUUGCCUCGGAUGAUUCGUCUUUCAUCACAGGGGCGACACUUCCGGUUGAUGGUGGUCGCCAUGCUAUGUGUCCCAGAUAA